AUGAGGAGUGGUGAUGCUCUAAACAUUGUGCAUGUGGGUCAGCAACAAGCUCAAUCCGCUGGUUUGGUCUACGUGCUUGAUGGGAGUCAAGUUGGCUUGUCGCGGAUGGAACGUGACUAUUUGUAUUCAUUCCGGUCGUACACUGCUAGCCAGUGCGCUGGGUAUCACUUCGACCCAUUCUGGCAGGUUCUGGUUCAUCAAGUCAGUGAAUCUUGCCCCGAGGUCCGCCAUGCUGCUAUUGGUAUCGGUGCCUUGCAUCGUAGAUUUUCCAACCCCGGUUCUAACCGGCAUGACAACUUCCCAAUGCGGCAGUCGACAAAGGCCAUUGCCUGUCUUCGCAAGGCUAUGAUGGAAGGUGACCAAUCGGAUCCCUCGGUCACAGAAAAGAUCCUGGUAGCUUGUGUUGUUUUGGUAACCUUCGCUUUAUUCCAAGGCGAUGUUGAUGCAGUUCGCUGCCAUCUGCAAGCUGGCACUAAACUCCUAUGGGAGUGGAGAAAGAAAACCACCAAGAGCCCGGUUGCUUCGGUUUUAUUACAUACAUUUAUCCAGCUCCAUAUCCAUUGGGCAAGCGCUACAAGACUCCAGGAUUAUCUCGCGGGAGGAUAUCCUUAUCUUCAAGAACUGAUUCAUGAAAACCUCGUCGACAUCUCUGCACAUGCCGAUGAACUAUCAAAAUCGACUAUGCUGGUAUCUGUUCAAUGUUGGGCGUUAAUGUUCAGUGAUCCUGUAUCGCUUGACCCACAGACCACGAAUCUGUCGCGAGGAUUCACCUGGGACACUCCCGCGAACAAGGUCCAUCGAUUGAAAACACAGGUGGAGGAAUGUAGCGCUCUCCACAGAAGGGCUAUAUCCCCCACCAAGCUCCGUGCCUUCAUGAUCGUCCAGAUGCAGAUUGAGAUGAUACAAAUUGUACUUGCAUCCACAAAAUUUUCAGGCUCUGAAACAGAAUGGGACCCUCUCUUUCCCCAUUUCAAACGUGUUGUUGACAAAGCAGAAGUGUUGCUGAGCAACUUCAAUUACUUGCCCGACCCAUUGUUUUCUGUCAAGGAAGGAUUCUUGGGAUCCCUCAUGUUUUGUGGGCUCAAAUGUCGGGACUGGACGGUUCGACAGAAAGUAUUGGCCAUCUGCCAAAAGUACAACCGACGAGAGGGAAUGUUUUCUACCGCUGAAGCCGCGCUCCUAUUGAAGAAAGUCUACGAUUUGGAGUCUGCCGGGAUUUUACCGGGAGCGUACAUACCCGAGUCCGCUCGUAUUCCCUUAGCAUAUAUCGCGGAAUAUCCCAACCUUUCGAAAUUUACCACCAAAUGUCUCAUCAGAUAUCGUGAUAGGGACGGCAAUUGGUACAGUGAAUUGUUAUCACCUUGA